AUGGAAGAAAACAUCAACACAAUUAUGGCAAACGUUAUGCGCCUGGCUUCCACUGUUACGCAGUUACAAAACAGUGUUAAUGCCCUUACAAAUGAGACUAGGGCAAUUCAAGAAGCAAUGAACAACAAUGUCUCUACCAAACUCCUCUUCUUCAAACACUGCAAACAAUACAAGAACCAGAAGAAGCAGCGAUACAGUAAAAAAAAAGUAUCAUUCAACGAUAGACUAGCAGCAUUAAUAGAUAGAUUAUAUUUUGAAGAACAACAACAGCUCCUUGAUGAGAAGUUCAGAAAAAAGACCAUUUUACAGUUACAACAGCUUGCAAGGGAUGUAUAUAUUGAAAUGAAAAAUGAUGGCUUCUACGGUAAGCUGAAUUGGAGUGAUCUGUCUGACGAUCAAAGGACAUACUAUACCAUGAGGCUAGAGCAACUUGCCAAGGACAAGGGCUGGAACAUCUACAGAUGCAUCAGAUUGUGGGCUGCUAAGGGAUUACUAUCGGAUAGAUGUAGAACCAGAAAGCAAGCUACUAAAAAGAAUUAUGAUGAGAAUGAAAAUGAAGACGGUAACUCUGAUGCGUAUGGUGAUAAUAACUAG